UGUAGAUAGGAGGGAAGUGGAGAUGGUGUGUGCACUGCUACACUCCACACUCUCACACACAUACACACACAGACAUACACUUCCACAUACACACAGAGAAUAUUCCAUAUAAGUCCCCGCUUGGUGUGCGUUUUAGGGGGGUGCGGGGGAGCUUACCUCAUGCAGUAUAUGUUCUGUGGUUUGCGCGCUUAUGUGUUUUUCUGUGGGGGUGGUAGGUAGUGGUCACUCCUUCACCAUCUGAUGUUCCAGGUCAGUUUGAAGACAUACUGCCAGGCUGUCGACACAGUAGAGGAAUGUUCCAGACUCGCCAACAUUUGGGAAUAUUCUAUCAUUGUUCAUUUUCUUGGAACAGUGCUUUUGCUCCAUUUUCCUUUUUCUGAAGCCUUUUUGUUGGCUGCACUCAAUCCCACUCUUUUUUUUACCAGUGCUUUUGGAAAAUUCUGUCCAAACAAUUCUGCUCAUGUUCCCAGUUUUGUGAUUCCUUGUCCCUGCAGCAGAAUCAUCUCCUCAUACGGAAUUCCAAAGUUAUAGUUUUACUCUGGUGAGCAAUGAGAACUUGUCUGUUUGAUUUGAAAAGUAAAGGAUUGCCAAGGCCCUGGCUCCUCCCAUCAUGGCCAACAUCCUGCAGCCUCUUGAUCCCAACAGCCUUCAGGUCCCAGGAGAAAACAUGUUAGCCCCGUCCUCACCCUCCAUCGGAAGAAACGACUGCAGCAUUGCACCCCUUACUCCUUCUGCCUCACCGAGACCUGAGGCAAGGCAGAGAAAAUCUCGUCCCUUCUCUGUGGUGGUGGCCAUAGACUUCGGAACCACCUCUAGUGGCUACGCAUUCAGCUUCACCGGGGACCCCGAGGCUAUACACAUGAUGAGGCGCUGGGAGGGUGGAGACCCAGGAGUGGCCAAUCAGAAGAGCCCAACGAGCCUGCUGUUGACACCUGAGCUGAAGUUCCAUAGUUUUGGUUUUGCGGCCAGAGACAGCUAUCAUGAUCUGGACCCAGAGGAGGCUCAGCAUUGGCUCUACUUUGACAAAUUUAAGAUGAAGAUCCACAGCAUAAGUGACCUCACCAUGGAAACAGAGUUGGAGGCGGUGAGUGGAAGGAGAGUCAAGGCCAUUGAGGUCUUUGCUCAUGCCCUUCGGUUCUUCAAAGAACAUGCCCUCAAGGAGGUGAAGGACCAGUCGUCGUCAGUAUUGGAGCGCGAUGAGGUUAGGUGGGUGAUCACUGUGCCAGCUGUAUGGAGACAACCAGCCAAACAGUUUAUGAGGGAGGCCGCAUACCUGGCUGAGCUGGUGUCUCAUGACUCUCCAGAACAGCUGUUAAUUGCUCUCGAACCUGAAGCAGCUUCCAUCUAUUGUCGCAAGCUCCGGCUACACCAGGUUAUUGACCUGAGCCUACGCCCAAUGAGCAAUGGCUUCAGUCUGGAGAGCGACGGGUCCCGCCCAUUUGACUCCAGCUUUAGACAAGCACGUGAACAGCUGAGGAAAGCUAGACAUAGCAGAACUUUCUUGGUGGAGAGCGGAACUGGAGAAUUCUGGUCAGAGAUGCAGACAGGGGACAGGUACAUUGUAGCAGACUGUGGAGGAGGGACAGUCGAUCUGACAGUUCAUCAAAUAGAACAGCCUCAGGGAACACUGAAGGAACUGUACAAAGCCUCAGGAGGUCCAUAUGGUGCAGUUGGUGUAGACCUGGCCUUUGAAGCUAUGCUGUGUCAGAUCUUUGGAGAGGACUUCAUCGACAGUUUCAAGGCCAAGCGUCCCGCGGCAUGGGUGGACCUGACCAUCGCGUUCGAAGCUCGCAAGCGCACAGCGACGCCAGGUCGAUCCAAUGGUCUAAAUAUCUCCCUUCCUUUCUCCUUCAUCGACUACUACAAGAGGCACAGAGGACAGAGUGUGGAGACUGCUCUGCGCAAGAGCAACAUGAACAUAGUGAAGUGGUCGUCACAGGGAAUGCUGCGUCUCACAGCAGAAGCCAUGAACGAACUUUUCCAACCCACCAUCAACAACAUAAUCAAACACAUAGAGGAGUUGAUGAAGAAACAGGAAGUGCAGGGCGUUCGCUUCCUCUUCCUGGUUGGGGGUUUCGCAGAGUCACCCAUGCUGCAGCAGGCAGUCCAGAAUGCUUUGGGGCAAACGUGUCGCAUCAUUAUCCCUCAGGAUGUGGGUCUGACCAUACUGAAGGGAGCAGUGUUGUUUGGUUUGGACCCAACUGUGGUGCGGGUGCGUCGCUGCCCACUGACCUACGGUGUUGGAGUCUUGAACCGAUUUGUGGAGGGACGACACCCCCGCGACAAACUACUGGUCAAGGAGGGCCGGGAAUGGUGCACGGACAUCCUUGAUCGAUUUGUCUCUGUCGACCAAUCAGUGGCCUUGGGAGAGGUCGUAAGGCGGAGCUACACCCCAGCAAGGACUGGCCAGAGGAAGAUCAUCAUCAACAUCUACUGCAGCGCCACGGACGACGUUGUUUACAUCAGUGACCCUGGAGUGAGGAAGUGCGGCGCCAUCACUCUAGAUCUACCAGAAGCUUUACCAGGAACAGUAGCUGGAGUGGAGAGGAGAGAGAUUCGAGCCACGAUGCAGUUUGGGGACACAGAGAUCAAGGUGAUGGCCGUGGACGUGGCUUCUGAACGGACGGUUCGAGCCACCAUCGACUUCCUGUCAAAUUGAGGUAAUGAGGAGGAAGUGGGCCUGGACAGAUUCAAAGGCUAAAGAAGAAGGAAUACAUACAAGUAAAUUCCAGGGGCAUUUUGUUUUAGAGUCAAGACAUGAUGGACCAUUUUACAGGAUGAAAAGACAUUCAAACUUCUCAACUGGACUUUUCAAUUUUUUACACACCCAAACAAAGUAUAUCAGAUUGUUCCUGUUCAUGUCCCGUCUGGGAAUGUAAUCUGUAUAAUAUCACAAUAAUAUAGAAUGUUAACUGGUCAAAGACCAGCAAAACUGAGACUAAAGAGGAAAACUGGAAUUGCUCUUUGCUUAAAUUCAGUAUAUUGGGCUUGUUUGACAUUUCAUCGCUACUGCCGACUGACUGAUAUACAAUUCCCUUAACAAAAAAAAAGACUCAAGAUUAGUUUUAUAACAGUCUGUUAGCUGUGUUGUUGGGACACCAGGGUUCAAACAAGGUAUAAAUCCAGGAAGUGCAUUUCAUCUGAUGAGUAAUGAUGAUAAUGAUGUCUAAACUUCGUUCACACAGUUUAACGAGUAGUGUGUUAACAUUGGAUGUACGUCAUAAGACACUUAUCUCGUCAUUGAUUGUCCCAAGUCCUCUGGGAGUUGCUGGAAGGAUUCAGGGCAUUACAUUAAAAUGGGACAUCACCAAAACUGGACUGAAAAAUGUAGGUGAUAUUAUAAAUAAUUCACAAUUUACCCACAAUGCAUCAUGAAACAAAUCUUGUCUCUAAACAAGGAGAAUGAAAUCACACUUUGCGAGUCAAGACUGGUCUAUAAUUUAUCUUGUCUCAUAGGGAACCACUGAAAUCUAUUCGUAGAUCAGUCAGUCAUAAAAUGCACCUAUAAAACAGACUCUUGCUGUCUCUUAUGAGAGUGCCACUUAGUGGCCGCAGGAUUGAAUGACCAGGUCAUCAAGGUUUUUCUCUGUACAAGGAAAAGAACCAAACUUAGGACUGUUUUUUGGGCCAUGGCCUAACAAAUAUAGUUGAAACAUUGAGUGUACACAUUAGACAUGAGUGUUUAUACUGUAUAUAGUUUCCAGCAAGCAAGGGAAAAGAAUAUAUGAAAAAUGAUUUGCCCAAUUCUGAUUAUCUAUAUUUUAGCAACACAAUGUAAUCAGAUUAUCACAUCAAGCAAAACCUAGUUAAAAUAGAACCAGAGUGAAAAACACCAACAUUUUAUUUAAAUAUAAUUUAUUAAUGAUAGUUAUGGAACACCUAAUACUCCAGCAAGAAACUGGUUACAUCCCCUUUAUAAGCAACAGCUUCUAGAUAACUCUUCCUGUAACUAUUCUUGUUUAAAGGUUUUCAACCAUAAACUAAUAGACUGAUACCUGUCAAGAUGAACUAGUUGCACUUCA